GACAUUUUCCAGCUGUCUGCUAUACCGGCACGAUAUUUACUUUCGUCGUAACGAAACUUUUACCGUGAAAAUGUCGCUGUCCGGAUUACUUCGGACGUUACCUACUAUAAAUGCAAUUAAUUCUUCUUUAGGGUCUUUGAGUCUGCUCUCUCGGCAACCGUAUAGCAUGUAUAAGCCAUUUGUCAAAGAGCCAGUCUAUAACAUUGAACAAUUGGAUAAGUUAAUUGAAUCAGGGGAAGCAAAAAAACGUGAAUUUGUCCCAGUCAAAGCUGCCAGAAAUGAUCACAAUGUUUCAGUUUUUUAUGAUGAUCUAACAAGUAAAUUUGUUAACAUGGUAAUGGUGAAAGGCCAAAAAGAGUUGGCAAGAAAUCUGGUUGAAAUGGGUUAUAUGAAAGUAAAGCAAAUACAGCUUGCAAAAUACUAUGAAGCAACAACAGAUGCGGAAAGGGCUGAAAUUGAAUUAAACCCCAUUACCAUUUUCCAUAAAGCAUUAGAAAAUUGCAGUCCUGUACUUCAAUUGACUCCUAUCAAAAGAGGUGGCUCCACUUAUCAGGUUCCCAUCCCUAUCACAGAAAACCGAGCCAGGUUCCUUGCAAUGAAAUGGAUGAUCCUUGAGUGCAGAGAAAAAGAGAGGAAGAUUCACUUUCCUGAACGCCUUGCUGUUGAACUAAUUGAUGCCUUCAACAACACCGGCAAAGUAGUUAAAAGGAAACAAGAUUUACAUAAACAGUGUGAAAAUAACAGAGCGUAUGCUCAUUAUCGUUGGGGCUAAUUAGGCUAUGAAAUGUUCUAUUCAUUUUGUAGUUUUCAAUAUA